GGCAUUUUCCGCGGGAGAUCCGAAUUUGGCGGCAUAUAGUUUGGCGCUAAAAAAAAAAAAAAAGAAAAAAAAAAGAAAAAGAAAGAAAAAAGAAGAAAGAAAAGAAAAAGGAGUCCAAGCAAGGGACGGGAACUAGAGGGGUGAACGCAGAGCUCAGCAGGGCGCACAGGACACCCUUCGCGGGUCAGAGCACACGAGUGUCCGCGGGGUCCGUGGGCAUUCCGGGACGCUUUCACGCACGGGCGCGACUCCGGACGCCCAGAUAUUCGGGGCACGAGCCGGACCGGGCCAACUCCUGGCAGUGCCACCUGUGCCACGCGAUCUCCGAGUGGCGAUCUCCGAGCUCGGCAGCGCUGGGCGGCGGGCCAGGAGGGGAGGGUCCGGCCUUGCCCGGCGGGCGUCCAUUGGCGGCUGCUCCCGGCGUCCGCGGUGCAGCCGGCUGCAAAGCCCGCAGGUGCCCCGCGCGCGCGCGCCAGACCCGAGUGGGUAGGGGGCGCCGCACUCGCCAUGCUGCGCGCGCCGCGGACCCUGGCUCCGGCCACGGCGCAACCUACAAAGAGCUUGCCGGCGCUGAACCCCACCGAGCUGUGGCCUUCGGGUCUGAGCAGCCCCCAGCUCUGCCCGGCCACCACCGCCACCACCUACUACACUUCGCUUUACACGCAGACGGUGCCUUCCUCUGUGGCGCUGGGCACCUGCCUCGACGCCACUCCCCACGGACCCGAGGGCCAAAUUGUGCGAUGUGCACCCGCAGGCCGGCUGCCGGCCAAAAGGAAGUUGGACCUGGAGGGCAUUGGGAGGCCUACGGUCCCUGAAUUCCGGACCCCCAAGGGGAAGUGCAUCCGCGUGGAUGGUUUGCCAAGCCCCAAAACCCCCAAGUCUCCUGGGGAGAAGACACGCUAUGACACGUCGCUGGGGCUCCUGACCAAGAAGUUCAUUUACCUCCUGAGCGAGUCGGAGGAUGGAGUCCUGGACCUGAACUGGGCAGCCGAGGUGCUGGAUGUGCAAAAGCGGCGCAUCUAUGACAUCACCAACGUGCUGGAGGGUAUCCAGCUCAUCCGCAAGAAGUCCAAAAACAACAUCCAGUGGGUAGGCAGGGAACUAUUUGAAGACCCCACCCGACCCUCCAGGCAGCAGCAGUUGGGGCAGGAGCUGAAGGAGCUGAUGAAUGCCGAGCAGACCUUGGACCAGCUCAUUCAGAGUUGCUCCCUGAGCUUCAAGCACCUGACCGAAGAUAAUGCCAACAAGAAACUGGCCUAUGUGACCUACCAGGAUAUCCGUGCCGUAGGCAACUUCAAGGAGCAGACAGUGAUUGCGGUCAAGGCCCCACCACAGACAAGAUUGGAAGUGCCGGACAGGGCCGAGGAGAACCUGCAGAUUUAUCUAAAGAGUACCCAAGGCCCCAUUGAAGUCUACCUGUGCCCAGAGGAGGGGCAGGAGCCAGACAGUCCUGCCAAGGAGGCGCUCCCCUCCACCUCUGCCCUCAGCCCCAUUCCUGACUGCGCUCAGCCGGGCUGCAGCACUGACUCUGGGAUCGCAGAGACCAUAGAGCCUUCAGUACUGAUACCCCAGCCGAUACCACCGCCUCCUCCACCACCACUGCCGCCAGCCCCAUCCCUCGUCCCCUUGGAAGCCACUGACAACAUGCUGGAGCUGUCACACCCUCUUCUACAACAGACUGAGGACCAGUUCCUGUCCCCAAUCCUGGCGGCCAACUCCCCCCUGAUCAGCUUCUCCCCGCCCUUGGACCAGGACGAAUACCUGUGGGGCAUGGACGAGGGGGAAGGCAUCAGUGACCUCUUCGACUCCUAUGACCUUGGGGACCUGUUGAUUAAUUGAAGCGUCCUGCAUCUGUCUACCUCCUCACAGACAGAUUGACAGGCUCUCUGCCCAGAUGGGGGACACCAGACACCAGGUGUCACCCUCCGUCUGCGCGGCUCUCUUCCAGCCUUCCUUAGGGCGGAGGCCAGCUAGGGAGAUGUGGAGGAUUCGGCUGGGGAGUGAUAUCAGGGCUAAGCCCUGACCCUCCUCUUCUGACCUCCGACCCCUUCAUGAAGGACUACGGGUGCAGGUGGCCAUGUUCAGGGAAAGGGCUCACUGCCUCCUUCUGAGGGGCAGGGGGACCCUGACUUUUUCAAGAAGCACUUAACGCCUUUGUAUUUAUUUCUAGUUCAGAUGUGUUUGUUUGUCCACCCUGAGUUUUAGCAGGGAGAUUUGUUCUAGUUUCUCCUCAGACAGGCCCACCCACGCCCAGUGCCUAAGCGCACAUCUGGGCUUCCAGGGGUCUAGGCCAGCUCCUUGCCCCCCGUCCCCCCGUCCCCCCAGUGGUGCCUGGGUCUUGAGGGGACUAUCCAGUUUGCUUGAAUUAAUUGCACUUAGGCUUUGUAAUUUUAGAAAAUGCCAGGCCCAGCCAAGGCACCGGCUUGGAAUUCUCCAUCUCCUCCAUCCUAGAGAAAGUUCCAGUAGCUACUCUGGGGGAGGUAGCCAAGGGGGCUGGCUUCCUAUUGGAUGUCUUAUCUUUCCUGAGCCUCCCAAUGUAAAUGUAGGCCUUCAGGAAUUAGCCCAGAAGAGCUCCUGGGAAAAGCAGGAGGCCACGCCCGUGCCUCCUAGAUGCCCUUCCUCAGGAGGUCAGAGACCUGGAAGGUGGAGGCAGAGAGGAGUGAGAAGAAAACAAGAAACACCCUGGGGUCUGCCCAUGUUUCCCUGGGAGGAUUAUUUUUGUUUCUUGGUUGCAGUUGGAGGGGGAAGAUUCCUUAAACACCCACUGUCCCAAAGCCCUCACUUCACUUCCAAGGUCAGAUGUGACAGGAGCUUGGUGACAGGUUUGCACCUUUCCCCACUGGAGUGCUUCGGGGGUGAGGGGGCAGGGGUGGGGUGCUCUUCCCUGCAGACUAGGCCUCAGCAGCUCAUGACGGGAUAGGCUGGCGCCUGCCACCUCUCCUGGCAUGGGGAUCUGGGAAGAGCUCUUGGUCUCUCUUGUUCUGCCCAUAGACUGACCAUCCAGGGUUCCUGUGGUCAGGAGACGGCAAGAGUCCGCUUUUCUUCCUCGCCUUUCCAGGCAUGGAGAAUGGGCUUAACCAAGGCCACGUGUCCAGAGAGGUGUACCCAGGGGUGACGGGGUCUGAGAGGCCUUCCACCUACCCUCAGGGAGCCUGGGUUUCUCAGGGGCUCAGUGGGGCAGCACUUUUUGCUUGUUGUUGUUUUAAGUUUGUAGCAUUAAAUUGAUUUAAAAGAUGAAGUUGGCUAUGCCAGGUAGGUCCGAGCUAGCUGACUGGGAAUUUGAAGUUUGGAUGUUGAGCUAAUAUGUACUGGUGCCCAUUUGGGUUAAUUUGUCUUAUCCUCGAGUCAGCUUCCUGGUGCCACAAACUUAGUCCUGUCCGAGGAGUGGUCAGCGACUCACCCCCCCCCACACACACUUGAAAUUUGUCUAUUUUUACACCGAGUGUCCAACCUUUUGACAUAUGUGACCUCGUCGUCUCUAAAGUUCACCCUCAGGAACUGCAUAGAUAAGCUACCAAAAAAAAAAAAAAUCUCAUGAUGUUUGAAGUACGUUUACAACUCUGUGUUGGGCUGUGUUCGUAGGUGUCUGCGACCCGUGCUGCAGGUUAGAUACACCUGCUGCAGAGAUGUCCUUGGUCUCUACCAAGCGAGGGGGGUUUCUCAGACCACCCAGAAAGCCCAGUGUGCUCUAGACACAGGGGGUCCCUUGAGUGAUGAGGGUGCUACCUGAGAUCUGGUUUGAUGCACAUGAGGCCGGAGACAGCAUUGCUGUUUCCUGGUCUUUGCCGUUUAGCUGUGCGCCAACAGAGAUAUCUGACCUCUGUGCCUUGGGCUCUGGGUGGAGGAGAGCUUGGCUUAGCGAGAAGAGGGCUGCCAUUCCUGUCUGGUGUGAGGUUAAGAAUACAGUCCAGAUUCAAGUUCAGUCAAAAGACCCAGCGCAGGGAUGGAUGGAGGCUUCCCCAGUCUUUUUGAUCUCUGAGCUCUUUCUUAUCAACCCUGCCUGGUCCAGGGGCUGGACCUCCCGGGAGAAGCCCGAGGCUAGCGUGGGAACAAGCUCACACCUCUUUCUUGCCAAUGAUACUUGAGACCUCUUUAAGUUCCUUAGAGUGCUUUAAAAGAACGGGGUGUACCCCUUUUGGAACACUGUUUUGAGUGGUAUGUCUUUUAGGCCCUAGGGAAACGUUCAUGCUAGGGUGGGAAAGCUACCAGUUUCUUUCUGAGGGGAAUACUUUCUUCAGGGAAGUUUCCCAGCCCUACCAGUGUCCCCUGCUGAUAUCCCUGGGGACUCCAGAGCAUUUAGCAGAAUUAAACUUGUAAAUAGGCUUGGAGAUGCACCAUUGAAGAUGUCAGGCUGAGUCCCUUCUCUGUGUGGCUGUGAGGAGUGGGAGUUUGGGGGAGUUUGUAAACUAUUUCAGGGGGUGCAGUGUGGUUUCCCCUCCCUGUGAGGCCUCAGCCUCUCUUCUGCACAGAUUCCGUGUUGUAAAGAGUUUGCUCAUGCCGCCAUCGGUGUGCUAUAGCUUUAACGCUUCUGAAACCUCUGGGGUUGAUUAGAAGCCGGGGCUUAAGUUUCCGUCGUACCCAGAGGCCCCACCUCACCCAGGUCGUCUCUUCUCCCACAAGGCUCUUCAGGGACCGUGGUGGCUACAGGUCUGGCCAGCCUCUGGCUCCUAGGAAAUAUGCAGUCUUGUGGGGUUUGAUCAUUUUGAAGAUACCUGGGGGUGGGAAGGUCUGGAGUCCCUGGGUUGGGACUCCAUGUGGGUCACCUACCUCCUGGUUUCACCCAAAGUCCUGCCUUGAACCACCAGCAAGUUUCAUUCUGUUGUGAUAAUUGGGCAUUAAAUAAUGGCGGCUCUGGUAAA